UCCGCCGUGCGUGCGCAGCGCUCCGCGAGCUCUUUACCCCCGAGCUCCGGGAGUACGCGUUUCCGGCCAUUCAUCCUCCCAGUCCCUCUGCCCUCUGUUGUCGGUUUCGGGAUUCUUUCGCACCCAAAGGGGACGGCGCCGCUAGGAUGAAGCUAGUGAGAUUUUUGAUGAAAUUGAGUCACGAAACUGUAACCAUUGAAUUAAAGAAUGGAACACAGGUCCAUGGAACAAUCACAGGUGUAGAUGUCAGCAUGAAUACGCAUCUGAAAGCUGUAAAGAUGACCCUGAAGAACAGAGAACCUGUACAGCUAGAAACACUGAGUAUUCGAGGAAACAACAUUCGAUAUUUUAUUCUGCCAGACAGCUUACCUCUGGAUACGUUACUUGUGGAUGUUGAACCGAAGGUGAAAUCUAAGAAAAGGGAAGCUGUUGCAGGAAGAGGCCGAGGAAGAGGAAGAGGAAGAGGACGUGGCCGGGGAAGAGGAAGAGGGGGUCCUAGGCGAUAAUGUCUCUCAAGAUUACUGUUUCAAAGUGAUAAUGUGAUUUGGGAUAUUUUUUGUACAGGUUUGUUUAUGUGAGUUUUUAAUAAACAUAAAUGUAGGACAAA